AUGCAUCCUGAAUUAAUAUUAUGUAUAGACGAGUUAAAACUUGCCAUACUUGCUCACUCAUGCUUAACUCCUGGAUUUUCAACACUUUUAUAUGGUCUUACAACUACGUUCACUUAUGAAUCAACUCACGAAUUGAGAAAUAUUAAAAAAGAGUCAUCAUCUCGUUUGGAAAAUGACUAUAUUGAAGAUUAUAUCGAAGGCAUCUCUCAAUCUAUCUACACCACAACCCUAUCAAAUUAUUUUGCUGGUUCUACAUUUCAUGCUGUUGUUGGUCGUUUGUACGAAAGUUUAGGUGUUGUACUAUUUGCUAUUGGUAUUCCUCAACAACAUUUUCCAAUUGGAUCAUCAAAUAAUACAUCACAUGAAGAGGGCGAUUGUGACGGAGAUGCCAAGAACUAUAUGGUUUUAAUUAAUCCUGGAAAUUAUAUUGUAAAAGGUGACGAAGUUGGAUUUAUAAUUGCUUGUGAUGGCGCGCUGGCUGAAGGUGUUUCCAAUUAUGAACGACAUAAUUCGCAUGUUCGAAACAAUGAGGAUUCAUCUUUUGAGUCACAACAAAUUUUUUCAGAAAGACAUCCAUUAUUGUCAUCUAACGCGUUAAAAAAUAAUGGUGGUGGUUCAUAUUUAGGUCUUCCUACAACUUCUGAUAAAAUAUAUCACGAGUAUCCCUAUAAACCAGAUUUUAAUACACGUCGUCAACAUCCUUCUUCCUCUUCAUCAAGUUCUCUUGAUAAUGAUCACAUGAACCCAAUAUUGGAUACAAUCAAUGGACAUAUCCUCUUGUGUGAUUAUUCAACUGCAACUUUCCCACGUAAUUUGGAUUGUUUUGUUAGCCCAUUACGUAAAUCACACUUGGAUAAGUUUAAACCAAUUGUGAUUCUUUCGCCAGUAAGACCUACAAAAAGUCAAUGGAAAAUUUUAAGUCAAUUUGAUCAAGUAUAUUUUGUUGAAGGAAAUCCAAUGACACGAGAAGGCCUUGAACUCGGUAGAGUCAGAUUUGCAAAUAAGGCUGUUAUAUUAACUGAUUCCACUAGAAUUUUAAAGGAUGGGGAAAAGACUGAAGACGCGCCAGCAAUGUUGGUUUACUUGAACAUUAAGGCAAUGUCUAACGAGGGAGACAUUGAUGUGAUUGUGGAGUUUGUACAUACAAAUAAUAUGAAUUUUAUAUCAGAAGACACAUCAGUUAUAGACAAGAAUAUGCAAGCUUUUAUGGCAGGGACUUGUUUUUCUUUAUCUAUGUUGGAUAGCAUAAUAUGUCAAUCGUUUUAUCAACCACAUCUAGUUGUUAUCAUUAAUCAAUUACUUUUUGGGGCUCCUCCACUUCAUCUCCCUUCAGGUGCAACUUGUUCUGCACCUGCUCAUUCGCACAUUUUUCAAAUUCCUGUGCCCGCAAGAUUCAUAGGUUCACAAUAUGGAUCACUGUUUCAUUUCUUAUUGGGUGAGAAAAAAUCUAUUCCUUUGGGCCUAUACCGUACUAAUAAAUUAAGCACACCAAAUGUAAAGUCACUUUCUGCAUAUUUGAGAAAUAGCAUACCUCCACCAAUAUUAACUCAUAAUAUUGCUGAUCCUGAAUCAGAUCCAAUCUUGACACAAUUACACCGUCUGGAACUAGUUAAUAAUCCAGAAGAUCGUGUAAAAGUUAUAUUUCAUCCUGAAUUUCUAACUUCAAACAACCCUCUGAUUGGCUUAGAUUAUGAGGAUUUUGUACGUGGUUGUCAUCUAGGUGUGUUCCCAAGUUAUUAUGAGCCAUGGGGUUACACUCCUGCUGAAUGUACAGUAAUGGGUGUCCCAUCCAUCACAACCAAUUUAUCGGGUUUUGGAUGUUUCAUGGAUGAAAUAUUGGAAAAUUCAUCAGAUUAUGGUAUUUAUAUAAUUGAUCGAAGAAUGAAAUCCACUGAUGAAUCAACUCAACAAUUGGUUGAUUACAUGUUACAAUUUUGUCAGAAAACAAGACGUCAACGUAUAAAUCAACGUAACAGAACAGAACGAUUGUCAGAUUUGUUAGAUUGGAAAUUGGUUGGUAUGGAAUAUGUCAGGGCAAGAAAAUUGGCAUUGCAUAGAGCAUAUCCAGAUUCAUUUAUUAAUAAUAAUGAUGAUA